AUGAACUUGAGGCUCUCCAGUCUCCGUGGGUUGAGCGUACGAGAUCUCGUUUUGGAUGGGGAUGUGGGACCCCCUGAAGCUUGUGAGGGCCACACUGAGGCCCAGAAACGUUCACAACUGACCAGAACCAGAAAAUCAUCGAUUCUCAUCAUCCCGCAGGAAAUACCCAACUAUGAACAACUUCGCCAAUUGAACGCAAAAACGCUUGUCGACUCAUUUUUCGCCUUGUAUGUCCGGACCGGACCCCAAUGGACCCUCGUCCACGUUAGCGAAGUAAUCUAUGGAAAUCUGAGUCCGCAAUUCCGACAAUUGUCACUUCCUCGUUUACCCCGGGAUUGCUCUCAGUUUCAAAUUAAGGUGUGGGCUCGUCACCAAAAUGGCCCUUGGCACUUGUUGGUGCACCUACGAGCAAGCACAACCUCUAUCCACGAGAUUGAGACCGAGGCCGAAACCAAGAAUUUUGUGGAAUUGGAUUUUGAUGGAAAAUUGUACUAUAUUGACAAGAAAACUCAAUCCGAGAAAAAAACCCCCAAUUCCACUCCAGCACAGAAGAAAUCGUACGCGUUUGAAGCUGUGCGGUCGCUAACGAAACUCGAGCGGUCGGUGGCCGAAUUGGAAUCAUCUAAACAACUUUUUUCACACAAUAUCGAUGAUUCUAUUCAUUGGCUAAUCGACCCAGAAAACAUCAAUACUAUGCCCUACAAAACCGAAAAGCUCAAAAGACAAAUACGACAGCUCGACGAGUAUAUACGGCGCCAGCGGUCCAAUAACGAUUCCAUUCUUCAUGAAAUAAUGCACUAUAAAGUAGCCAUCGACGAUAUUAAACGUCUUGUCGACGACCGGUUUCCAGAAAUAGUUGCAACAACCACCCACCAAAUCGAGAUGUUGGACCAGGAAUGCUAUCCUUUGCAAGAGGCAUUGCAAGAACAACUCUACCCUGAAAUACGAAAAAAGGUAUUUGAACAUGCAUCUCUGGUGCUGCAAUUUGUGCCCAUUGAGAAUGCCGAGGGUUCAGUAAGAUUUUCCGUGGUUGGAAUUGAGUUUCCACCAACCAUCCACGAGCUUCUUGAUACCUGCUACGACCCUUCCCCAGAAUCUCAAGCCAAAUUGGUGGAAAUAAAUGCUGGUUUAGGCUACAUUCUGCAAAUGGUACAGGCUUUAGCUGAAGUUCUCGGAGUUCAACUUGGGUUCAAAAUGGAACCCCAAGGCUGUGAGUCGUUCAUUUUCGAUACUUUUGGCCACAGCUACACACUACAUUACGAUAUACGACGAACCAAGAACCAGCAAAACGAAAACUUCGAAAGAGGGUUGCACCUCCUAAAUCAAAAUUUGCAGCAACUCAUCCAUGCCACCGGAAUUCAACUUAAACAUCUCAAUCCGCAAGCAGCAUUUAACCCCAUUCCUCACGACAGCUGGGACAAUCUUCUCUGGCGACUACAAUGGCUUGUACUUAUGGUAACUGCAAAACACAACUAG